AAAAAAAAUACAAAAGAGAGUCUCCCCCAAAAAAUGGCAACUAGGGUUUCCCACAAGUCUCUCCUCCUGGCACUUCUUCUCAUCUUCUUCAUUUCUUCUCCUGUUCAAGCACGAAGCAUACGAGGAAUUGUGAGGAAGAGAACACUAUUGGUUGUGGAGAAGAAUCAAGAGAGUCGAAACUCAUGGCAAUACGGUGGAGGAAGUGAUGGUGAUGGAUUGGUGGAUAUGGAUUAUAAUUGUGCGAACAAGAAAAGACCAAUACAUAAUCGCAAAUAAACACAUAUAUGAUGACGCACUUAUCAAAUUUCUUGUGAGAUAUCCAUAGGUUCUAAGAUAUCCCGAGAUUAUGUGAUCUAUUCAACAGAAAUUACUUUUGAAGUAUUGAAAAUAUUGUUAUACAUGAAUAUAUUAAGUAUAAUCGAGGUUGUAUGGCCUACACAUGUGUACAGCCUUGUCUCGAUAAAAAGAGUUUAUGUAAUAUUCAUAGUUUGUGUGUGUGUGUGUGUGUUUAUGUAUGGAUUGCAUCGUGGGUUCCUGUUUGCGAAUAAAUGUCAAUGG